UGAACGAACCUUCUUUUUCAAUUAUGAUUCAAAAUUUAAUAUUGAGAAUAAAUUUUACUACCAACACUAUUAAUACGUUACCACUAAAGUGACUAUAGUAGCAGACUGACAAGUCAAAAUGGAUACACUGUUUGCCUCAGAUCUAAUGGAUGAACUAUUUUACACCUCAUACGUUGAGGUGUGAUGUUUUCAUACUGUUAUUAUUGUUAUUUACUUUUACUUAUAUAUGUUUAAUCUGGUUUAUUAUUACUAUGUUUUACUGUUGUUUUUACAAGACUAAGAUUCUUUUUCUGAUAAAAGCAAGUAUACGGUGGUAUAUUCUACUUCUUAUUUCGUGUCUCAAGACAUCUGCCCUUAUUUCUAAUAUUAUCGACAAUCGAGCAUUCUUCUUCAUGUUUCUUUAAUUUCGUUGUUUUUUUUUUGGGAUCCAAAUAUUCUCCCUUUAGAGUACUAGAAGCCAAUUUAUUUCUCGUUGGUUGAUAAUAAUUGAUAUGUACGAUGUUUGUUUGAAUUAUUUUUUUAGUAGUUUAGAUCCAAAAUAUAAAUUUUAUAAAGCGAUGGUUAAAAAUUUCAACAAAGUAAAACCUUAAUAUUAUAAUUGAAAUAAAACCAAAAUAGUUCAAGAUUAAUGUUACUUAUUUACUUUUAUGUGAAUAACUAUAAGAGGGAAAUGGUCAGCUAAAUACCAGCAGAGCCUAGCCGGUAUUGUAAGUUUUUGUGACGGUAGUAACGCAAAUAGUUUGAAAAUUUACUUUUAUAUUUCGAGCUUAAGCUAACUCUUUCCGAUAAAUGUCUUCUUCGUAGAGCUUGUAGUCUCAAAAAUCAACUAUCUGCAAGUGUAGUUGCCGACGACCGACCUUGCACUGACCUAUCAUAUCCUCUGUUAUCUCGCAACAACAAUUGACUAAUUAAUUUUCUGUAUAAUGGUAACGUACAUUUGACUAACAUUCCUUGAAAAGUGUAUUUAUGUCAAUUGGAUUAGCAAGUCAUUUACUCUAGUGGAUCUAUUUCUUAACUGAAGUCUGAGUUCAACUCCAAUGCUUGUGGAAUGUUAAGUCACCGCAUUAUAUAAACAAGCCGAUGAAGCAAUCUUCAUACACAGAUUAGGAAACUAAAAUAAAUAUACCUGUUUUUGUAGAGCAAGAAAUAGUAUUAGUUCAAGUUUUAUCCGCUUAUUUAAACGAUUGCGUCUCUAAAAUGUUAUUUAUUUAUUUGUGUAAGGUAUUCGACUGCAGUGUACAUGAUUUUAGAGCUAACAUAAUCCCCACUAGGCUACUGCGGACCGGAUUUUAAUGUAAUCGAUCUUUUUAAAUAAUCUGCUUUUAAUGACCAACAGUCAACGUGGUAGAGGUAAAGACUUUAGUGCGCAAUUUUGUAUUUUAGGAAUUAAUAUUUUCCCAGAAAAUUUAACUGUUUAAAAAACCAAAAAUGUAGAUCAAACGAUUUUGCCUUUUGGAAAUGUUCCAAAUUAUACAUUAAACGUUAUAAAUUAGUGAACCACAUACUUUUGUUGGAGGUGACUUUUUCUAAUCAUCGCAAAAAUAUGUAUAAAAUCAAACGCAAAAAGAAGUUAUGUAUUCCAGCGGAAUAUAGUUUAAGGUUCAAAUGUGUUCUAUGGACUACGAAAUGUUGGUGUCUCACAGUCCUCCAGUAUUUAGCCACAGUCCACCAACUGGUUUUCUCAAAGACUACGCAGCUUUAAGAUUAGGUGCAGAUUUUCCUAGAGCAACUUACACUUCAAGUACUUGCAGAUCCUUGCAUCAUUCAAAUUCUUUCAAUACUCUACCCAAAACUUCUUUCAAAAUGCCUGCAUACCCCAAAAGACCUUGCUUAGUAAUAAGAGCCACUGAAGAAUCAUCGAGCUCUAGCGAUGAAGAUCCUACGAGUCCAACGAGAUUGAAAAAAAAGGUGGUAUUUGCUGACGAUAAAGGUAUGUCCCUAACUCAUGUAAGGGUCAUGACUGAACCGUCUCACAUCCCACCACUCUGGAGCUACAGAUUCUUAUCUAAUGUUACUCAAGGACUGAAUAAAGAAACCAUUGGAGAAAUACAUAAUUGGGAGAUAACUUUUCCACAGCCCGCUUCUGAUUAUGUGGCGUUUAGAAAAAGACUAGACACAGAAAACGUAUCUCUGGAAAAUGUUAUCAUUAAAGAGGCAGAGGAUAAUAUAUUGGGUACCAUUAAAGUCAGGAAUUUAGCAUUUCACAAGGAAGUUUUUGUUAGGUGUUCAUCAAACGAAUGGAGGAGCCACGAAGACUGUUUCUGUACAUAUGUACCAAAUAAUAUGAAUACCAACAUUAACGUGCUCUAUGAUACAUUCUCUUUCAAAAUUCAGCUUCCAGUUAAUGCCAAAAAGCUUGAGUUCUGUGUAUGCUUUAAAUGCGAAGGAAAAGAAUAUUGGGAUAGCAACGAUAGUAAAAACUAUAUCAUAGUAAAGAAGUCAUCACUAAAUAGAUCUUUCUCAAAUGAUGAUAUUUUCAAAAGAAAAGAACAAGAUACUCAGGCAUCAGUACGAAAAUGUAAUGAUAUAGUGCAAGCAAAAAUGGAAUCAUGGUCGGAGUUUGCUAGUUGGACACAUUUAGAAAAUAACAGUCCAUACUGGUAAUCGACGAAUAUUAUUUCUACUUUUCGUACAAAAGCAAAGGCAGCACGUUGCAAGGAUGUAUAAUAUAUUAUGAAAAUCCCGUGAAUUCGAUGUUGCCAAAAUCAAGCCAUCUUCAAGAAAUGCUGCUUUUAGUGAAAAAAGUGAAUCGAGCCUGCGCAAGGUGUUGAAAAUUAAAGUAGUAUUGAAAAGUGGCUGACAGAUCAGAUGUAAGAGGCCAUAUAAAUAUAUAGAAGGAAAACUUUUGAAUAUAAAUAGACCUCUACUGGUCUGGGACUGAAAUCUGUGAUAUACAAAUAUGACCGUUAUUUAUUUUAAAAAAAUGUGAGUUUAGUUACUUUUUGGUUGCCAAGAAGAAGUAUGUUACUGUGGUUUUCUGCUAUUAAUUUAGUACCUACUGAAAAGACUGAUAUUAUUUUUAGGAAGGUGUAAAUGUCAGAUUUUAUUAGCUCGAGAAUGUCCUUUAAAGUGUAUAUUGUAAAUGUAUCUAUAUAUUAUGGAAUUGCAUAUUUUGCAUCAGAUUUUUUUUCUUAAACGUUAAGUGAGUACGUAAGUUCCUUUACAGAGAAUUCGAAAUUGUUGAUUUUUAGAAAAACCAUAAUUUUACUAAUGAAUAACUAAAAGACAAUUUUCUAUGCAUUUCAUAUGAAAAAUUCAGUUUUACACUGUUAAAUGAUGCACCUAUAUUAUUUAAAAUGAUAAGUUAAAAAAAGCGUGCCUUACUCUAUAGUUUUAUAUCUAUAAUUGGUAUUGAAAGGAAUAUUGAUGACACUUUCAGUUGAGAGUAACUCUUUGUCUUGGAAAAACUCACUUGACUUAGAGCAUCCUUUCAAAUUGAAAAAUGAUCCUUCCCAAAUAUGAAUUAGUCUCAAUGCACUAAUUUAUCUAAAACAAAUUUCUGAAAAAAAAAUUAAACAUUUAAUCAGGGGCUAUAUUAUAUUGCAACCUUAAACUUCAUUGGACCCCUAUUAUCCUUCCAGUUCCAAAUUUUUAAUGAUCUCCAGUAGGAGAUUUUUCUCAAUACUUCAGGUUUCUCGUCUUAUUUUACAUAUGCUAGAACUAGAAAAAUCCAGAGUCUACCUGAAUCGUCAGUACUCUGUUAGGAAGCUUGUUUUUGGAGUUAUCCAGCCUGGAAGAUGUAGCCAAAGUGCUUCUCUAUCAGUUUUCCUAUAUAAGCUUAUUCUUUAUACUUUUCCUAUUAAUUCCUGUCAGUUAAUUUAAUUAUUAGUAACUUGUUUUAUGAACAUACUAUUCAUAUUAUUUCUUCAUUAUUUAUGCUGUCAUUUUGGGUUUUCUGUCGUCAGCUUUUGAUUUCUGCUAGAACUUUUUUUAUAGUAUCUAUUUACUUACCACCUUGAAUAUAUCAUAUUUUGUAUUCGAAGAAUAUAUAAAUGAAUGUGAUUUCCAGUUAUAUUAAAAAACUAGAAAGAAAACAUUUGUUAAGUUGACUAAAUUUGUCUUUCUACAAACACCUGGAUUUUUUGACCAAUAUAAUUUAAAUAUAGCUGUCUAUCCAGAUCUAUGGAUCCCUUUACUGACUGUAAAGUUAUGUGAUAUUUUCUAUUACUCGAUAAGGGUUAUAAUUAUCAUAUUGAUCUUAGUAGAGCUUAGAACUGAUAGUGUGGAUUUAAGUAAAUCAUAUUUUAUAGCUUAAAAGCGAACAAUAUGUUGUAUCAAUUUCUCCAAUUACUUGAAAUUUUUUAAAAUAUUCAAAACUUUCUCCGAAGGUAUCUAUUUAAAAUACCCAUAGAAAGUUUUAUAUAUUACCUAUAACUUAACAUAUUUUUUUAUUAUGGAUAUUAAAAAGUUCUCUAUAAUAUAAAACUUAGUAUAAAACAAUCAUAUAUUUGGAUAAAUUAAUUGUGUAUGAGAUUUGAAGAUGAAGUGUUUUUGUACAGAACACACUGUUUACUAUUACACCAAAACAUUGUGUGACUUAACCACGUUAUCAUCUUUUGAGACUGAAUGUGAAAGACUUGGUAAUCAAAAUACAUUCUACUUCUAUUAUUGUUAUGUAAAACAUUAUAUGAAAAAAUGAUUAAAAUUGGAAAAUGAACUCUUAUAUAUGAUGAUUAAAUUAUUAUUAUUUCCUUAACUGUCUCCAAAAAUUAAAUUUAAAAAUAAAACUUAAGUCAAUUUCAAUGUCACUAUUGUAAAAUAUUCUGAUGGGUGAUUCUUGUUGCUUCAAAAGUAUUAUUGAUCCCAGUGUAGUGUAUAAUAAUUUUGUAUCAUUUUAACAAGUAUGAGUUCUCAGAUAUUUUGACUGGGUUAUCCUUGAAGUGAGUUAUCUUUGUUGAUAAAUAAAAAUAAAUUUGAUAGAAGAUAUUUCAACACUGUUUUAAAUUUUUUCAAUUUUAAUCAUUUUUCAUUCACUUUUGCCACUUUUUCUCAUCUCCAAUUUUUUAAUUCUAUAUAUUGAUAUAUUAUAAAUACUGGGUUUUGAACUCUUUAGAUUAUUUUAAGAGAAAUAAAUGUUUAAUUGAUAAUUAAGUAAAAAAGUCAUAUAUGUUGAGAACUUGAGGAAAAAGUAUAUUUGUAAAAUAUAAGAAAAAUCGUCCACUGCAAUAUGAAUAGUAGAGUAGGUGUACCGAUUUUACUAGUUGAAUAAUAAAUUUAGAUUAUACUUAAAAAUGCUAUUUUUCAAUUGUCGACUGAUUAAACUUAGUAGAUUUCCUUAUAAUGCUCGAUUAACAGUGUUAAACUGCAUAUCUCACCCUUCUUUAUUAGAUGGUUAUAUUUUUUCGUUUUAGAAAAUCACCAAAAUUAUAUUCAACAAUUUCAAAUUUGUUAAAUUUGCAAUAUGGAGUUGUACCUAUUUUAAAUGUGUAGUUUUUUAGUAUCUACAGAAUAGUUCAUAAAAUUGUAAUAAUAAUGUUUUUAAAUAUAUCACAUAUUUUGUACAAGUUUUUAUCUGUUUUGUGGCCUCACCUUAAUUUUCUUAUAUAAUUAAUGAGGAUGGACUUUUUUAUUAAAUUAUGUAUUGGUAUAGUAUUGUUAAGCAAAGAGAAUAUUAUAUAUUAUUUAUUGCUAAAUAAUUUUAACAACUAGAAAUAAGUUCUAUUCUUUCUAUCUCUUGUUAACAUUUCCAUUUUUGUCAAUUGGCAACUGUAAGUUUUUAUUCCCUAUAUUAACAAUGAAUAUCAUUUGGACAAACACCGAGCAAGAUAAAAUUAUUCAAAAAUCUAAAGAUAAUUUUUGUCUCAGUUAAAUUGUUUCACUCUCCAAAGUUAUAAAAUCUACAAAAUUUGAUAAACUAAAAUUUUUUGUAUAGAAAUCAACUGAUUAGAAAUCAUUUUAUUUACUCGGGAGCUACUACAAAUAAUUUAUUGUUGAUUUAAAUAUCAUAAACCAAUUCCUUCUGAAAUUUGAGGUUUGUAAGAUAGCAUUACUAAAUGUUUCAAUUUAAUCACUAUUUUGGUGAUCCUAAGGUUAUUUUUACAUUAGUGACCUUUCUAUCUAUUUAUCUAUUGUUGAGUACUUAGUAUAAUAUCAAUAAUUUUAUAUCCAAAUCUAUUGAAGGGGAUAUGUUUAUAGAGAUAACCUUAUUGGGUCGAUCAAUAUUUCUCUUGGUUGUAAAAAUAACCAUUUAUGAAUAUCUUACACAAUUCCCGGAAUGUACCGCUCUUAAUUGCAAUUUUGUAGACCUUAAAAUGAAUUUUAAUAUUAUUUUGACAUGUGGUAGUGGAUUUGGGAUAAAUAUGAGUAUAGUGCAUAAGAAAGUUAUUAGAAAGUUUUUUUUUUGAUAACCAUGACAUUCUAAUUUCACAAGUGAUGUAAUUACCGUUAAAUUAUAUCACUAGUGAAAUUAUGUCACGGCUUUGAAAAUAUACCUGCGGUGUAUAGAUAUGAAAAAGAUAUUAGGGUUAUUCAGAGUAAACUAAAGUGAUCUCUUAACUUAUUCUUGAGGUACAUUAACUUCAUUAAAAUGACAAAUAUUUGAAAUGGCUAUUAGGUACAUAAAGUGUUUUUAAUACAAAUAUGUCACAGUUCAUUUAUGUCUAUACGACCUUACAGUGUUGUCUAAUCAUUGGAAAAUCGAGGAUUGUCAUCGUUUUAUUUAUAUUGUAUAAAAAAAUAUGGAUGACUGGGCUCGUGUAGAGGAUACUUUAUAUUACGUGCAAAAUAAAAGUACAAAUCAGGCGCCUAGAAUCAAAAUCAGCCAAGUCCAUCUCAAGAAAUUUUCGGAAAAGUGGAAAAAACUGUCUCAAACAGACUAAUCAUAAGAAAAUAUUAAUUUUUUUAACAAAAAAUCAAUAGUUUAUUACUUUGUAACAGACAAUGUAUGAUCGAGACCCCCAAAAUAGUUUCAUAAAUAUUUAGAAAAAUCUUACAUCAAUGUUUGGACUGGAUUUUGAUACUAAGAUUGGAAUUUAGCGGGAUUUGAAACCAAAAUAAGCUUAAGCUGCAAAGGGGUUGAGCUAUAAAAGCUAUACUAAUUGUAAUGUUUACUUUUUCUACACUAGCCAUAAAAUAAAAUUUAAUGUUUUGUAAAAAGUAAACAGUCUUUAUUGUUGUACUAGAUCACAUAAUAUCUAUAUCAAUUUCCUCAUGAACGAUAAUGUUUUCGUCUUCUCCAUAGUUGGGACCGUCGGCUUCUUCGUUUUCCAAAUCUCGAUAAAAUUUUAGCGUCUCGAGGUUGCUCCCCCCUUGUUCAAAGUGCUUUGUUAGUAGUUUCGCAACAUCCAUUAUUUUUGUAGCUUCAAGACUAACUCUCUUGUAGAUGGCUUUUGAGUUUAUGUGAGACAUAUUAAACUUUGGUUUUGUGACAAAUUUUGCUUAACAAGCCUCAGUUCUAUAAAAAGACUUUACCCUGGACCAGAAUGUUAUUUUUUUUCUACUUCUUUUUUAGCAUAAUCCUUUUUGAUGGAUUAAACUUGAAGUGCCACAAGUUCGACUUUUUUGUACUUUUUCUUCAAACUUCCAAUCUUUAAUCGGGACAGUGACUCCAACAUAAUGAAAGGUUCCAUAGUUUCCCCAGAACUUCUUCAUACUCUUCUGGCUUAAAAAUAGUGUCCUUCUUUUUCAAGUCUUUCUCAAUCAAUCCAAACACCAUGUGGAAAAUUAAGUAUAAAGAGUAAACAACUCGCAGGGGAUCAUGGGUGAUCAUUUGACGAAACUAACAGUUGUACUGAUUGAGCAUGGAAAAAUCUGUAAGAAACAAUAUCAAACUCAUAUCAAAAAAUAUUGACUUGGCGGUUUUUUGUUCUAGCCACCUCAAAUAUAAAUUAAUGUAUCUGUGUUACCUGCUAGGACAAAAAAGUUGAUGAUUAAGAACAAAAAUUUUAUAUUUUCACAGUUUUAAAUUGAUAAAAGUUUAUUUUAAAAAUUUAUUUAUACAAGAUCAUUUUAUUGUAAUUUAAGUGGAUAAGAUAGUAUAGACUGUUGUAUCUAUCUAUUUACAUUGACUGAAAUUUUAUUCUUUUCUUGAUAGUUGAAGAAGAAGAAACAUAACAUUGAAAUUCAUAAUGAAUAAACAAAUUGAUCUCUUGGUAUAGGAUAUUUAACUAAUUAAUUUGACAAAAAUAUGUCUCACUUUAGGGCUAUUUUGACGCACUUGUUUGAGUAUUGGAGUUGUUACGAGAGCAGUAAAUUUAAAAAUCAUGAAUACAAUCGAGUUGUUUUUUCAUGAAAGCUGUAAAGCUUAUUUCUAGUUCUAUAGAUUUAUUUUACUUUUUAUAAUGAACACAUUGUGAAAAAUGUUUUCUCAAUCAGAACUGUUAUUUUCAUAAGCUGUUAAAAGUGUGUUGAGUUUAUAGAAGUUAACCUAAAUAUUUCAGAUUAUAUUAUCAGAAGAUUUUUCGAAAAACCCGUUAUUGACGUUGUAUAUAUAAUUAUUAUUGCAAUAAAAAAUCUUAUUAACUGAUGUUAUAGUAUUACAAAGAGCUUCCACAAAUAUAAUAUGCUAUUUUUCUAUUGAUGUACAAAUAUAUAUUAUGAACUAUUUUGUAUGUUUUAUUCUUAUUUCAUUGUAUAUAUAUUUUUAUCACUUGUUAUUAUUCAUUCUAGUGCUUUUUAUAAGACUAAUAACUGUUACUACUAAUUAUUACUGAGAAAAUGUUUUCGCGAAUACCUACGAUUUUGUAAUUUGUAAAUCGUUAUGUACCUUCGUAGGUUAUAUUUGCAGAAAUUUGUUGAAUAAAUAUGUUUUAAAUAUUUUUU